AUGGCAGGUUUUGUGAACCCUUACACUUACACCAAUCAAUGGCUAAGAUUGAUUAUUGGGAUGACUGAGAUUUCAUUUACUGGGAUUCCUAACAUUUUUUCUGGUUUUCUGUUGGUGGGUCUCUCUCAAUCUACCUCUUUUUCUUCACGAAAAUUUUGUAACUUUCAGUUUCCUGUGUUGUGGUUGAAUCGUUAUGGUUGCGUUUUGGGUUUGAUUUUGGCAAUUGAUUGCGGUGUUUGGUUGCUGAGAAAUGAUAUGAAAGGAAUAUGGAAAAGGUUUUUUAAAAGCAACAGAGUUGUGCUCCAUAAAGAGAUGUCUGGAUAUCAGACAUCACACCCUGAGUGUGUCUAUGCUUCAAAUCCCUAUCAUGAAUGUGGUACAGAUUGCCUUGAAAAGAUCACGGAAGGCAAGGGACGAAAGGAUAAUAAGAAAAAAUCAGGCUCCAUUUUUAGCUUUGGCAGGAGAAAGAAGGGAUCUGAUUCUCAGCCAAUGUCGCCGAGAAGUGGAUUUGAAUCUCAGCCAAUGACGCCUAGGAAUGGAUUUGAAUCUCCGGGAAUGACGCCAAGGAAUGGGUUUGAUUCUCGGCCAAAGACUCCAAGAAAUGGAAGUGAUUCUUUUCCAACAAAGCCUCCAGCACUUGAGAAAGUUCCUGCCAAAAAUGCAGCUAACCCUGGUGAUUUUUCCUCACCCCGAUCCAAUUCUUUUUUCCAUGAAAAGAAUGGUGAAUAUUAUUCCUCUACCGACUACGAAAUCUAUUCUAGAGAUCAGUCUUUCAACAAAGCGAAGGUUCAAUCUUCUCCGUCAAUGCCUACAUCUGGGACUAUCACGCCUGAUAAUCCUGAAGAUGCUACAAGGGAUAGUAAAACUUUUGUUGCAACUGCAGCACCUACUGCAACAGAGAUGGAUAAAAAGCUCGGCUCACCUGAGACAGUUUAUUCUUCUAUCAGCGAGGAUGCGAGAGAAUUUACCUCCGAUCCAGUUGUCCGAUCCUCAAAAUCAGUACCUAUCCCUCCCUCACUCUCGUACUUUACAUUUUUUUUACCUCCUGAUCAUUCAGACCCUUCGAACGGUAGUGUCACCUUCCAUGCUACUGCAACACCAACCACACAGGAAAAGGAUGCUAAGGACAUGAGAGAUCACACUUCUGAUCAGAAUGCCAGGUCUCUGAAGUUUACCUUUUCUGGUAUUUCUCGUGCUUCAGAGGACAGUGAUGAGGAAGAGGUUCAACCUGAAAUUUCCCAUGUUCUGGUCGGAAAAUAUCAUGUUAAAGAAAGCUGUGCCUCCAUUCUAAAUUCCAUCUUUGACAAGCAUGGAGAUAUUGUUGCAAACUGUCACUUGGAGUCUGCUACCAUGCGAGCUUAUUAUUUGGAGUCCGUUUGCUCUGUAGUCCAAGAGUUGCGAUUUGCUUCAUAUAUACAGAUUCCAAAAUCCAAAGUGAAAGGAAUGUUGGCUGUUCUCAAAGAUGUAGAGUCCGCAAACAUUGAUGUCAGCUGGCUGCAUCGUUUACUAAAUGAAAUCAUGGAGGCCAAGGAGCUUAUGAAUGAACAUCAAGCAGUCGAGGCAGCAAAAGCUAACUGUGAUUGCGCUCUGGAGUCAACGAGGAAAGAACUCGAGUCUCUGAUGGAAAACGUUGCUCGAAAGGAAAAGGAACUUGCUGAAGCGGAGGCACGAGCGGCUCAAACCAAAGCUCGUUUGAGUGAACUUGAGCAUGAAUCUUCACAACUACGUGAGACAAUGUCGUCCCAUCAAUCCAAAGUGGAAAGUUUUCGUGGCAAAUCAUUUGAAGAUCUCGUGUCUGAAUACUGAUAUAGAUACAUAAUAGAAUGCGGGAUACAUAGUUGCAUAGUUGAUAUAAGUCUUUGUAGAGUAGGAUCCAUCUGGGUUUGUAUACGUUAAUACAAUCAGUCUGUGUAUCCUUUUCGUUUCUUUUUUUCUGUCAUUUUCAAGAGAGAUUGAACGAAAGCUAAGCUUUGUCCUUGCAUGUCCAUGUAUUGAGUCGGUUUGUCCUCCGUUCAUGAGAAAUUCAAGGAUGAAUGAUAAAUGGGGUAAGAAAAUGUUGGCUGGUUUUCCUUU